AUGGAAACCGAGCAGCUCGAGCAGAACCUUGAUAUGGCCAUUUUCUCCCAACUACUAGAGAUGGACCACGAAGAAGAUCGGCUGACCAGCUCGAUCGCAUUUUAUACGUUUAUCGAACGGGCAAACAAUACUAUUGACGAUAUGGAACAUGCUCUAGACAUUCGUCAGUUGAUAUCAUCCGCGGAAUGUCUUCAAAACGCAGCACUGGAAUUAGGCCUCUACAGAGUUCAGGAAAGCUGUCAAAACAUCCGAAGAGCUAAUACGACGAUAAAAGAGGACGCAGAAGUCUCUAAUGUUAGGAGGGAAGCUGAUCCCAUUCAUGCUGAAGAUGAGAUCGGCCGUCUUAGGAACAGUGUGGCUUGUGCUCGCUCGACAAUCGAUUAUUUCUACAACUAUGUAGCUUAA